CUUGUGCAGCAAUUCAUGCUGUACUUUUCCUGCACAUCGAUUUCAAAUUUAGCUAAGACAUCCCUUUGCCCCAGGAAAUCGGAGACAAUUAAAAAUGCUGGCGCUGAUAGGUAUCUACCAGCCUCACUGCGACGUCUCUAUUUCAAAUGGCCUGUGUUGUUUGGAAUUGGCCUGCAUGUAGUCCUCUGCGAGGGUAUGAAAUAUAGCAGCAGGGAAGCUUGCCAUGUCAGUUCUACCUUCAUGGUGUCAGACAGGUGCACAGAUUGUAACUUGUAUCUACUCAACUUUUUCCUGUGCUACAGUGGGAAAGCCGGGGAUCUGUACAUCUUAAUUUUCAUCAUGAGACACGUAGCCGCCUACCUGUUGGCUGCCAUGGGCACCGGCCAACCUAAUGCUGCCUCCAUCAAGGCCAUCCUUGGCAGCGUAGGAGUGGAGGCUGAUGAGAAACAGCUUACUGUCCUUUUGGAUAAAUUGUCAGGAAAGAACCUUGCUCAACUCAUUCAGGAUGGUUCUGCCUUGAUCUCCUCCAUGCCUGCAUGUGGUGGAGGUGGUGGUGGAGCUGCUGCUCCAGCAGCAGGAACAGCUGCUGCCCCUGCUGCUGAAGAGAAGAAAGAGGAGAAGAAGGAAGAACCAGAAGAAGAAUCUGAUGAUGAUAUGGGCUUUGGUCUCUUUGAUUAAAUAAAAUGUAAUUAGAAA